AAAUAGUGAGUAAUUAGUUUUUUUCAUUUCAGAAUUAUCUGAAGACUUGGUUCUUCAAAGUCUACAAGAAGGAGACGUGGACCAAACCAGUACAAUAGAUGUAGAAGAUGAAGUAGUUACAUUCAAAUUGAAGUAUUUAGGUAGCACAGUAGUAGAAAAAGUAUCUGGAGAAAACAUCAGUGUAGAAGCUGUUAAGAAUAUAAUGAAAACAGCGAAAGCUAACAAAGGUCGGAAGAAGCUACAGAGGGUCAAUGUGAAUAUUUCUCUGAAAGGAAUCUCUGUAACUGACUCUCAAGGAACGGAUAUCUUGAAGAUAUCAGUAUACAGAAUCUCCAACUGCUCAACAGACCCCACACAUCGCCAAAUCUUCUCCUUCAUCUCAACAGACAGCAAUGAGACCAUGGAGUGUCACGCUUUCAUCUGCUCCAAAAGAAAAGUAGCAGAAACUGUCACAUUGGCAGUAGCGCAUGCCUUCAGCACAGCUUACGAAGCCUGGAAGAUCCAUCCUAGUGGGAAGGACUUCGGGAAGGAUAUUCCCAAUGAGAAGGAUCUUCCCAAUGGGACGGAUCUUCAUAAUGGGAAGAAUAUUUUCGAUGGAAAUGAGUUCGGGAAAGACAUCUUUGAUGGGAAGGAUCUUUCCAGUGAGAAGGAGCAGAAGGAGAAUGAAAAGAAUCAGCUGAAUCAACUACCUGAAUCUAUUGAGAAAGCAGUUGAGAUUAUCCAGGAGGAAAAACUGAUAGACUUUGAUAGUGAACCUUGUGGGAAAGAGGAUUUAUUCGGACAGCAGGAUAUUACUGCACAAUGGGUAUGUUUUGAUGAUGAUUUUGUGAAUGAAACACCAUCCAAGACAUCAGCCUUCAAAGAAGUAGAUCUGAUUUUCGCUUAGCCAAUUGAAUUAAUCAUAUUGAUCUGAAUUGCGCUUGAUAUUAUUUAUAAUCUAGUUAAAAUAGCUGUAAUUUGUAAAAUAUUGUAUGUAUCACGCUGUACCAUUUUUUAUAUGUAUAUAGAUAUCAGAAAGUUAAUAAUAUAAAAAAUAUAGGAGUAAAUAUAAGUUAGUUAAUGGAA